AGAGGAACAGAAAGCAACUUCACGUGGCCCAUUGCAUGUCAACUCACUUUGGCCCGUGAUGUGAUUUUCAUCUUCCUCCACUCCCCAUUUUUCUCCCCCUAUUCCUUUUACCUUCUCCACCUUCAAAUCUUAUGUUUUAUUUAGGAAUUAGAAUCAAACCCAUCAAUCUUCAUCGCUUCAUGAUCGCUGGAUCAUCAUCAUCCUGAUGUCCAUCGAUAGAGGGAAAGAAUUAGCCGAUGGGUCAUCAAGAUCCCCCGGUGAUCAACCCGCCACACCAAGUCGAUACGAGUCCCAAAAGCGAAGGGAUUGGAAUACUUUUGGUCAGUACUUGAAGAAUCAGAGGCCACCGGUUUCGCUAUCACAGUGCAGCAGCAACCAUGUGCUUGAAUUUCUUCGAUACCUCGAUCAGUUUGGGAAAACUAAGGUUCACAUACAAGGUUGUAUGUUUUAUGGACAGCCAGAGCCUCCUGCUCCUUGUACUUGCCCACUCAGACAAGCUUGGGGAAGCCUUGAUGCACUCAUCGGACGGCUGAGAGCUGCCUAUGAAGAGAAUGGUGGCACACCUGAGACUAACCCUUUCGCCAGCGGUGCGAUUCGUGUUUAUUUAAGGGAAGUGAAGGAGUGUCAAGCUAAGGCAAGAGGGAUACCAUACAAGAAGAAGAAGAAGACGACCAGUCAAAGCACCGCAGAUGAUGAAUCCAAUUCAAUGAUGAGGUUCUGAUUGGUCCAUCAGGGAAAGAAAAAAAACGGAAAUGUGCGGCAGAUUUGGUGAUAGGAAUUAGUCAGAAAUCAAAGUCUGUUGAAGUUGCAGAUUGUCAAUCUAUUGCUGCUUUUCUUUUCUUUUCUUUUCUUUUCUUUUUUUUCUCUUGGCCAAUAGUGAUAACUGAAACUCACAGUCUAAGGGAAUUUUCAUAUAAAUAAUUCUCAUCAUGUAUGGUUUGGUAUGCUAGGUUUUGUGGGUUCCCAUUUUGUUUUUUAUAUUUUAAAAUUUGUAUGAUCUUAUCAGGUCACAACACUCUUUAUUUUAUAUAUAAGGGAAGUUGUAUGCUUAAAGUUGUGACUUUGCAU